CCCCUCAUGGACGGAGGCGGCGGCGGCGGCCCGGGCGGGGUGCUCUACCCGCCCCUGGGCCGCGACGACGAGGGCGACGACGACGACGAGGAGGGCGACGACGAGGAGGACGACGAGGCGCUGGGCGACGACGAGGAGGACGGGCCGGGCCGCGGCGGAGUGGGGCCGCUGGGCAGCAGCGAGAGCGCCGGCAGCGGGCUGUCGUUGUCGGGCGGAGGAGGAGGAGGCGCCCCGGAGCCUCGCAAGCGAGCGAGGGGGUCCGGCGGUCUGGCCAGCCGCGCCGCGUCCACCACGUCGGCGGCGUCUUCCGUGGGCGGCGGCUCCCGGGGCUACGAGGUGGUCCGCGAGCUGGGCCCCGAGGAGGUGCGCUGGUUCUACCGCGAGGAGCGCAAGACCUGGAAGCCUUUCAUCGGCUACGACUCGCUGCGCAUCGAGCUGGCCUACCGGGCCUGGGGGCUCCUCGAGAGGAAGGCCGCGCCCGCAGCCCAAGCGGAGGGGGUCGCCGCCGCAGGCAGCAGCAGCCCCGAGGCCUUCGAGCCCGGCUCGCCGGGGAUCCCUCCGUCGGAGCCCGUGUGCGUCCGCGGAGGCCUCUACGAGGUGGAUGUGGCCAACUCCGAGUCCUACCCGGUCUAUUGGAACCAAUCUGAGAAGAUCCCUGUGAUGCGUGGGCAGUGGUUUGUUGAUGGCACAUGGCAGCCACUAGAAGAAGAAGAAAGCAAUUUGAUAGAACAAGAACAUCUCAGCUGUUUCAAGGGGCAGCAAUUGCAAGAAAACUUUGACAUGGAAGUAUCAAAACCUUUAGAUGGAAAAGAGGUUAUCUACCACCUCCCUCCCUUCUCCCUCCAUUCUCUGUUCAAAUGGAGAGGAUAUAAGGAGAAUACAGAGGCUGCAGGGCUUAAACGCAAGUGGUCCGAAGCUGUUCAUAGUUUGAAGCUUAGUCGCACCCAUGUGGACUGGCACAGUGUGGACGAAGUGUAUCUUUACAGUGAUGCAACGACGUCAAAAAUCGCAAGAACUGUCACACAGAAGCUGGGUUUUUCCAAAGCUUCAAGCAGCGGGACCAGGCUGCAUAGAGGUUAUGUUGAAGAGGCUACGUUAGAAGACAAGCCAUCACCAACAACUCAUAUUGUAUUUGUUGUACAUGGCAUUGGUCAGAAAAUGGACCAAGGAAGGAUUAUUAAAAACACAGCCAUGAUGCGGGACACUGCAAGGAAAAUAGAAGACAAAUAUUUUAGCAACCUUGCAACACAUGUUGAGUUCCUGCCAGUUGAAUGGAGAUCUAAGCUUGCACUUGACGGAGACACUGUUGACUCUAUUACUCCUGAUAAAGUCCGUGGCUUGAGGGACAUGCUUAACAGCAGUGCGAUGGACAUAAUGUACUACACAAGUCCCCUCUACCGCGAUGAGCUGGUAAAAGGCCUUCAACAGGAGCUGAAUCGUUUGUACACACUUUUCUGUACGCGGAAUCCAGAGUUCAUAGAAAAGGGCGGCAAAGUAUCAAUUGUGUCACAUUCCUUAGGAUGCGUAAUCACAUACGACAUCAUGACAGGAUGGAAUCCAGUUAUACUCUAUGAACAGUUACUUGAAAAGGAGUAUGAUGACCUCGAGGACACCUGGAUGAGCUACGAGGAGCAACAUAUGCUAGAAGAGUUUUAUUUGACCAAGCGGCGAUUGAGGGAGAUAGAAGAGAGGUUGCAUGGACUGAAAAAAUCCACCAUAUCUAAGACACCUGCCUUAAAAUUCAAGGUUGAAAAUUUCUUCUGUAUGGGAUCUCCAUUAGCAGUGUUUUUGGCCUUGCGUGGCAUCCGACCAGGAAACAGUGGAAGUCAAGAUCACAUUCUGCCCAGAACUAUUUGUAACCGGUUGCUAAACAUUUUUCAUCCAACAGAUCCAGUGGCCUAUAGACUAGAACCUUUAAUUCUGAAGCACUAUAGCAACAUUUCUCCGGUCCAGAUCCACUGGUAUAACACCACGAACCCUCUACCUUAUGAGCACAUGAAGCCAAGUUUCCUCAACCCGGCAAAAGAAUCUACCUCAGUCACUGAGAGCGACUCUCUCCCAACAUUACCCAGCCCAACAACAUCACCUGUCCUGGCUCGACGGCACUAUGGGGAGUCCAUAACCAAUAUAGGCAAAGCAAGUAUAAUGGGAGCUGCUAGCAUCGGGAAAGGCCUUGGAGGGAUGCUCUUCUCAAGAUUUGGACGUGCCAGUGCUCCCACUUCCCAGGCACUUGAGGCAGCAAAAGAAGGGUCAGAACUGGAGGAGAAGAAGCCAGCCUUGAGCCAGGCGUCCAUCGGAACUCAGAACUUCCCACACAGCAGCUCUGGCUUCUUAGAUCCGACAAUGGACCUGGAGCACAGGAUCGACUUUGAGCUCAGGGAAGGCCUGGUGGAGAGCAGGUACUGGUCUGCUGUCACAUCACACACGGCUUACUGGUCAUCCAUGGACAUUGCUCUCUUUCUUCUCACCUUCAUGUACAAGCAGGACCAAGAGGAGGAAGAGGAGGAGGAUGGCAUCAAGUCACACUUAGAGCCUGUUUGAUUGUAGCCUGGGGGGG